AUGGCCACUUCCCAUUUGAGUGGAGUUGUGAGAAUUGUCCGAUGGCUAGAACAACUGCUCGUGAUUAUGAGAGAAUGGUUGGAUGAAGUCGACCAAGUUGGCUUGGAUAUUUUUGGUAAGGUGGAUGAAACUAGUUUUGGGAGUAGAGUAUCAUGGUUAAGGGAGGCUAGCUAA